UUCUUGUUGGCUUCUGCCUUGUGACAGACGGCAUGAACCUGUACACCUUCCAAAUGCAGUGUGUCGUACUGUGAUGUGGUCCCAUCCUACAACAUAGAGAACGGCAAUUGCUCUAGCAGACAAGUUGAAAUAACUGCAAACUUUGGCAAAGAGGAAGUUUUACUGCGUCAAUCUGCCAUCAUGGACGCAGUGGAAUUUACACAUGCCUGGUGUCAGUUGGGUGUAUAAUAGAACGGGAGAGAUUGAAGGCAGACUAGCGGUAGGAGGUGAUGAUGGUAAUCUGCAUGUUCUCACUUAUAAACAUGAUAAGUGGGACAAGUUUGUCAGAAAGAAUGGUUACAUCGGGAAGGUAGUGUGUCUGGUGUUUGUAAAGGAUGAAGAUAAAGAUCAGUUUGUGAUUGAACAAUUUUAUUUGAAUGAAGACAACAAGUGGUGUUUCCUCACAGUUCUACCAAACGAACUGCAGUUGGAUGGUGUAUCUGUUGUUCUUCAUGACAACUCACUGUAUGUGGUGUGUGGUAGGACUAAGUCAUUGGAGAUAGUGAACACAGCACGUGUGUUUGACCUUCACAGCAGUCGUUGGUCCAAGGUGGAUGACAUGCAAACAAAACGUAGUUCCUGUUCUUCUGUUAUGACAAACAACACAGUGUUUGUAGGGAGAGGAAUGACUGAUGGACCUUACUUUAAUAAUUUUGUUGAGUGUGCAGAUGUUCGUGAUAGAAAAUGGAGAACAAUCCCCUCUACAACCACAGAUUGGCCUCCACUAACAUCAGUCAGUAACAGACUGUUGGGGACUGGAGGAAUGACACAACAGUGGUUUGGUUCUCCUCCUUCUAAUAUUGUAGAAUUAUAUGAUGAGAGAUCUACUAAAUGGCUUCCUCUUCCACACAUGACACACAAACGGUGGGGACAUGCUGCAUUCUCAACUCAGAAUGGAGAACUCAUCACAGCAGGAGGGGAUGGUGGUGGAUAUUCAAUAGAAAGUCUGAAGUGUGACUAAU